UCCCGCUCACUCAUUCAUAACCCAAUCACUCACUCCCUCUCUUUUUCUACACACAUACUCACACUCGCAAACGUAUACACGCUCCUACAUCUACGCAAUCCCAUAUACACACAGAUGUAUAUGUGCACUCGGCACUUUUAUACCUUGGCUUUGGCUAGAUCGAAUCUUCUUACACGAUCUUCUGCUUUAAAAUAGUAGAUAAUAUUGGUGGGGGGAAAAUAACAGUGAGAUAUUGAUAUACUAUACACGCACACACACACGCACAUAUAUAUGCACUAACAUGUCACAUAUAUAAAACUCUAUAGAUAUAUAUUAAUACAUAGUUAUAUAUAUAUAUAUAUAUAUAUAUAUAUAUGUAAUAAAUAUUAUUAUGGUAUGCUUUCGUUCUGCGAUUUUCUCAUUUCUGUCUUUGAAUACGAAGACAGAAUAGAAACCAUCAACAGUGGAACUGAUAUUGUAAGCAAACAGUACUUUGGUCGGUGAGAUUGGCCAUUUUCACACAUACACAUACACGCAUACAAACAUAUACACCCAGUUUAUACAUAUAUAUAUAUAUGUAUAUAGAUAUAUAUAUCCUUCAGAUAUUUCCACACGGUGUGUUCACGUACAGGCUUGCUACUUGACAAACUAACACACAAACACACACAGGCUCUCGUAGAUAUCUAUAAAUUUAUAUAUAGAUAUUCGUAUAUAUAUUUUAAUAUAUAUAUAUAUACAUAGAGAGAGUGAGAGUGAGUGAGAGAAAGAGCCUCAUACAUCCAUACAAGCAUAUAUAAUAUAUAUAUAUACACACACCCUCGUGAAAGAGCAGGAGUACAUUUGCCAGUUUUGUGCGGUGUGUCACCGCUCUCUUACAAUUUAAUAUUUAUUUACAGGAACGGUAUUAACUUCUAAUAUAUAUAUCUAUUUCUAUAUAUACAUAGAUUGUCUGUGCAUAUAUAUAAAUAUUUAUAUAUAUAUAUAUAUAUCCAUAUACACAUAUAUAUAUAUAAAUAUAUAUAUAACUAUUAAUAAAUUUACAUAUGUAUAUGUAUAAGCAAUACAAUAUACAUUUAUCCUGAAAACGGAGGAUAAAGACAAAUAUAUAUAUAUAUACAUAUAUAUAAUUAUAUACACGUAUAUAUAUAUAUCAGCACACACAUACAUAUAGAUAUAUACAUAUACAUGUAUAAAUGAUAGAUAUAUUGCUGUUGUAAGCACCGUAGUUGAAGAAAGGGGUUUAUUUACCCGCUAAAACAUAGGAGUCCCAUAUCUACAGCAUUCAGAUACUAUAUAUAUAUAUAUAUAUAAAUUAUAUAUACACAUUGUAUAUAUUUAUACACACUCCUUAACGCCGUGAAGUUCUUACAAAAAUAGGAAUCAUGUCUUUCGCUGGAUUAAGGAAGCAGAUUAACAAAGCCAAUCAGUAUAUGAGCGAAAAGAUCGGCGGUGCUAAAGGGACAGAACUUGACGAUGACUUCGUUGAAAUGGAAAGGAAAGUGGAUGUUUUCGGGAUGAUGGUUACAGAUCUCAUGAACAAAACUCACGAAUUCCUGCAACCAAAUCCUGCUUCAAGAGCAAAACUGAUGGCUUUUAACUCCUUUUCGAAAAUUCGGGGCCAAGCAAAGAGUUCAGUUUAUCCUCAACCAGAAGGAACUCUAGGAGAAACCAUGAUUAAAUAUGGAAAAGAUUUAGGAGAAGAUAGAUUUGGAGCCUGCUUAAGUGAAGCUGGGGAAGCCUUCAAAGAUCUUGCAGACAUCAAAUAUGCCCUCGAGGACAAUGUUAAACAGAAUUUCUUGGAUCCCUUGAAU